GGGGAUGAAGUUAGGACCCAGCAGUUUGACGAACGAUGGGAGGAGUCAACUAUGGGAUUUUCGAGUGGUACAGUCAGUGUAUGAAAUGAGUUACUGAGCCAGCUAUACAUAAUCUCACUAUUGAAAUUCCUUCUAAUAUCACAUAAAUACUACUCCGCGGCAGUGUACAGAUGCGAACGGAGCGAGUAUGUAGCUUCUCCGAUACAUUUGAAUGAAUUGAUAAUUGCUAACAAAUCCUGUCGGAGUUGAUCAUGCUGAAAAUUAAACUGCCCAUGCGAACGGCGGAGGAAGAAUACCAUACCGUCGAAGAGGAGCAGGAAAAUACCGAUUACAACAGUCUCACUAUUGAUUCGAUUCCGUACCGUGGUGUGAGCCACCGGUUCAAGGACUCAACGAGGGAAUCGUGUCGCCUGUCGCAAAUUGACAAGGAGACGGUGUUUGAGUGGUUCGGCUUGCACCUCAACCCAGCAAAGCGGAUAGAGUUUAUGUACGGAAUACUUCAUAUGUGUCAACCACUUGAACUUCGCUUUUUCGGAUCCUGCCUUGAGGACCUUGCACGGAAAGAUUUCCACGUCUUCCGAGACUUUGAGAUAAGGGCGAACAGUCAAACUGACUUGGGCCUCCUUAUGGACGUUGCUGACCCUGUCGUUCGUUCCAAACUACUUGUCUGCCUGUCACUUUUGAGAUCUGAAAACAGAGAAUGCGCGGGCACACUUUAUCGUGCUUUGAACCAUAUGGAUCCAGCGCUGUUCUUGAAUACUUAUCAUGGCGUUCCAGUAUCUCCACGUGGGAGCGCUCAGAAUGUACCUGAUCAACAUUCCCCUCGCGAUGGUGGAAUGAAGUCCGGGAGAUUGGAGCAUCCCAGUGGGCCUCCACUGGAGGCAGAGUUGGGUUCCCUGGAGCACUUGGCGCUGCUUUUCACCAUGGCCUCGCUGCACCCGGCGUUCUCUUUUCACCAGAGGGAUACUGCCAGGCACCAGUUGGACAAUGUGGAACGGGCCAUAGAGGAGAGAAGGAGAAGGUAUUGCCACAACCGCCCGAGCGUCCAGCAUACCCUGCGAAAGGAGGACCUCAGCCUCAGGAGCACUGACAUGGGUCAGUCGGCCUGCUGUAUUCCCAAUCAGCUCCCGAACAGGACCUUAUCUCAGAGAGAAGCAGUUCACAUUGACAAGAUUGAGCUAAAGAAGAUAUUUUGGAACCAAGGAAACAGGGAAUACAGUAUUGAGGUCCAGUGGUCUGACUCAACGUGGAGCACAGUGACCAAGACUCACCAUGAGCUGUACGACUUCCUGUCCAAGCUUCCAUGUGAGAGGUCUGCUGAGCCCUUUGAGAAGGGACUAGUGAGGUUACUGGCCCAGAGAGACCAGUAUGAACCCAGGGACCUGGAGAGGAUGCUACAGGACAUGCUUCUGUCAGCCCCAGCAGCCUUCAGGCAGAGAGGAGAGGUCUGCAGGUUCCUUGUCCCCUGCCUCAGCCUCCAGGGAGAUAAUACAGUAACUCUGGGAAAGACCUGCAAGGCAGCCGAGCACUUUAAAGAAGACUGCACAGAGCCAUCCAGUCAGGACGAAGACUUAGAGUCUCACCACCUUGGGCAUCAGACGGAGUGCAGCAGCUUAGGCCAGAGCAUACUGAUGACAAAGAGCAGCCGGAGUGAGAGCCAGAGGCCUGCUGUCCACUUAGAGCACAACGGAGUGGUGAAGGGGAGGAGAAAAGCAGACGUUAUGUCCUGUUGGCCAGACCCACAUCAGAAGGUAGAUGAGAAAUGGGCUUUCACUCCAGAACUAAAGAGUAGAAGAAGACCUGAUGAAGUUAGGAAAAGUGAGGGGGCCAAAGCCUACAUCCCCAAUGGCAUCAUCAGACCACCUGCAACAAACGUGACUAGACAGGGUGUCAGUGAGAAGCCCAUCCAGGACAAGUAUGGAGACACGUGGUCUGAGAGCUCCAGUACCCCCUCCAGCCCCCAGGAUGAGGCCCGUGAGAGUCUGGAGAGUGAGGACCUUGAAUACAUGGAGGAAGAGAGAGACACUACUGAGAGUUACUCUUCUGUCCAGCAGAAGAGGGCGAGUGGUCACAGCAGGGGGAAAGUUGUGGCUACUGUACACCCUAUGGUCCCUGUACCCCACAAGGAAGAGCCAUCCUACACUGACAGUCCCCGACGUGUACGUCCUCUACCACUGACGGUUCAGAAUGGGCCCACCAUGCCAGACGUUAUGGUCUUUGUCACUUCACAGCCGGGGGACGGUUCACCAGCAGAGGGGGCACUGACUGGGACCACCCCCAUGGUUCCUCAGGAGUCCAUCCCAAGCCAAGCUUCCCUGGGAGACCCUGAGAGACAGAGGCAUGUGUCUGUGUCUGCAUCCCUGAACUCACAGCCAGCCACCCCAGGCUCCAGCAGUCACCCCAAACUCCAGUGUUAUAAAACCCCCACUAGCCCAGACAGUAGAAGCACUAACCCCCAGCACCAGCCCCCCAUGGGUGCAAUCAGUGUCAUCCCCCUGACCUCCCACGUGUCCCCCCUGCAGCAAACAUACAUCACCACUGACUUAGCCUCCACUGCCAACCUACCCCUAGCAACCUCUCUCCCUGACCCUAACACCAGGCCUCAAGCCCUGGCUGUACCCACCAGCCUACCCACCCCUAACUACGUGACACCCUCCUCCGGGGCAACUGUGACCCCAGUUGCCAUCAGUCAGGUUCAGUCCACUCUGCUCCCAGCGGUCUCCACUCACACCCCCGGCCCCGUGUCCAGCCAAGCCCUGACCCUCACCCACAGCACGGCCAAGGGAGACGGCACCUCUUCUUGCAGCAGCUCGGGGGAGGCAGCAGGGCAGGCCCAGCAAAAGCUGCAACCCCAGCAGCAGACCCAACCUCCACAGCAACAGCAGAUGAGCUGCAGCACCUGCGGUUGCCGUGGCAGCUGUGGUAGUAGCCACUCCCCCAACCCCAACUUCUACUUCCCUCCCCAGCUUGGGCGCCAGGUCUUCAGCGCCGCUCACCUCCCUCUCUUCCACCUCCCAUCAAUGUGCAGCACUGGAUAUCCCAGCCACCGCAGUCAGGUCCAACACCAGAGCAACGGCACCACACAGCUACCCUUCUAUCCCCCUCCUCACACAGCCACGCCGACACAAUAUGUCAGUGGACCCCUGCUCCAUACCUCCCACUCAGACCACAUGCUGGCCACCCAGGCUGGAUACACCCUGCAGCAGAUGGCAGCUGCUUCCUUCAACCGUUUCUACACACCUGUGUUCUCCUCUGUGGGACUGGGCACGGGCAUGAAGAAGAGUAGUUCCAACGUCUCCUGCUAUAACUGUGGGCUCAGCGGGCACUAUGCCCAGGACUGCAAGCAGCCCUCAAUGGAUGCCGGGCAGCAAGGUGGCUUUCGGCUGAAGUAUGCAGCCCCCCACUCCUCUGAAGCAGACAAAACUGACUGACAUGACAGAGAGAGGACCAAGUCAAUGCUUUGUUUAUCUCACUACAGUAAAGAUUCCAGAAAUCCAAAGGGUUGAGUUUUUCACUCAUUUGUAAUACCUUCCAAAUGUCCUUUAGGGGUUUGAGAAUCCGCGCAAAUAUCCUAACUAGUUUCUCAACAAAGAAUAGAAUCCAGAAUUUUCAGAGGGUGGUAUUUUGCACACAAGACUCUAACUUUUAAAGAAAGAAAACCACAUAUUUAAAUGGUGUGGUGGUAAACUUGCAUUCAAUAAGGAUUGAUAGAUUUGGAGAGAAAGAUUGUUCUAUUCUGAUUUUAAUGUGUGUCUUUUUGGAACAUUUAAAUUCUUCCAGAAUCUGCCUUUGGUUCAAGUCAUUAUAUGUUGGGCUAAGUAGCCUAUAUCAACUAAAGCAUGUCAUCACUUCAAGUCUCUGUUCUCCCUGUCAGUUCUUUUAUAUGCUAGCACUUGUAAUGGGAGGGAAGGUAGUGAGUAGUACAGUGCCUUAGUGCCUCACAGAGAAAAGAUGGAGAGAGUUGUAUUAUCGCAUAGGUGUUCAAAAGGAAAAUACAGUUAAACAGCAGCUAGAAGCCAGCAGCCUACCAGUUCAUUGCAUUUUUUUGUAUCCAUUUGAAAUAACAAAAUGUGUGAAUUAUAAAAAAUGGGGGGGGUGAAUAUUCAAAAACUUCACAUUAUCUUUUAUUUUUUGGAUUGUCAUAAAGUGGAGGAAAGAUGUAUGGUUUAUGAGAUAAAAUAUUUAUGUAAUUUGUUUUUUUGACAGAAUAUUCUGAAUGUACCAUAAAUACCCUGUAUUUUAAUUUGUUUUACAAGCUAACGGUAUUCCAUUUAAGGAAAAACUUUGUGCGAAAAAGGAACGUUUCAUUGUCAUUUGUUGCCACUUGAUUUAAUGUGAAGCAUGUAUUAAGUUAAUCAUGUCUGUCAUUCAUGAUGUUAAAGGGAUACUUCGGGAUUUUUGGCAAUCUAAAAUACAGUCCUUCUGUAGCUCAGUUGGUAGAGCAUGGCGCUUGUAACGCCAGGGUAGUGGGUUCGAUCCCCGGGACCACCCAUACGUAGAA